AAAAAAUAAAUGCUCAUAUUCUAAUUUCUAGAAGCCCUUUGGUCAAACCAAAAGAAGAAACAGUGUUACCAUCCCCAAGUCUCUCAGCCACAUGAGAUAGCCAAAAAUGUCUCAAGAAAUUUCUAGUUGAGCUUCAAAUUUUUAAUUCUCAAAACCCUCAAAUGGGUUUCCCAUUCCCUGACGAUGUUGAAGAUUGAAUUGAGAUUGUGUUGUGAUACUGUGAACUGCGCUUCCCAUUCUUCUCUCCCAUGUCUCGCAGAUUCUUCGCCACUUCUCUUUCCCGCUCUUCAAUGCUCCACACAAAAUUCCACAAUCCCAUUCCUUUUCCUAAUUUUCUCAACCCCAUUUCCCUCAAAUCCAAAACCAUUCAAUCAUUCCCUUUAACACCACGAUUUUUCUCCUCCAUUUCUCAAAUGGGUGAUGCUCGAAGACCCCCUUUCCCCACCAUUCCGCCGCCCGACAAAGCCGACCGAUCGGAAUUGCUUCGUUCCCUCGAGUUUUCGCUCGGUUCUUCGUUUAGCUCCGACCCUUUGGUGCCGAAUCCAAGCCCUUUAGUUAUUGUGAUCAGUGGCCCAAGUGGGGUGGGAAAGGAUGCUGUGAUUAAACGAUUGAGAGAAGUCCGAGAAGGGCUCCAUUUCGUUGUCACGGCGACGAGUCGUCCAAUGCGACCUGGUGAAGUCGAUGGUAAAGACUAUUAUUUCGUCUCUAAGGAAGAUUUUCUUGAUAUGAUCGAUAGGAACGAGCUGCUGGAAUAUGCUUUAGUGUAUGGAGAUUACAAGGGGAUUCCCAAAAGGCAAAUUCGUGAGUUUAUGGCAAAAGGGUAUGAUAUUGUGUUGAGAGUUGACACUCAAGGGGCUGCAACAUUGAGGAAAGUUCUUGGGAAUUCUGCUGUUUUUGUGUUUUUGAUGGCGGAGAGUGAGGUUAAAUUGGUGGAGAGGUUGAUUGAUAGGAAGACGGAGACUAAAGAAUCAUUGUUGCUGAGAGUUGCAACGGCCAGAGAGGAAGUGAAGCAUGUUAGAAAUUUUGAUUAUGUGGUUGUGAAUGCAGAUGGGAAGUUGGAGAGUGCGGUUAAGCUUCUGGAAUCCAUUAUUGAUGCUGAGAAGGCAAAGGUCUCGCAGAGAAAUGCUGUUGUUUAGAUUCAGCUUUUGAGACAUCAUUUUGCAAGAUAAAAGGAGGGCUCUUCCCAAGGAUCAAAAGUCAAAUUUUAUUGUGAAUCAAAGGUUAAAGAAUACACGAGACAGACGGAGAAUCAAAAGCAGAUUAAGAACUAAAAUCCAAAUUGGAAACUAAAAAGGAUUAAAUUACCCAAUUACUCGAUGUUAACCACUAAUCCUGAUACUUCAUUAACAUGGGGUCUUAUGGUAUGGGAAUGGAAGGAAACUCGUGUUAGAACAUAGAAUCUGUAACGAAGCAUAAGUGGGUUGGUUAAUCUUGGUUAUUGGCCAAAACUGACUUUAUACUAUCCUAUUUAUAUAAAAUAAUGUGAAAAUCAACAUUGAAACCAACAUUCUAGAUACUCAAUGCCAACUGAAUAGACUAUACCAGCCCCUAAACUACUUUUGUUUCGAGUUUCAUAAAACUGAACCAACAACUUGUGUUGCUCAAUUCAACUGCCUAGCUAGAUUCAUUCAGUUUUUCCAGUUUCAGCUAGCACUCCUACUUUUUAGCUCUAAUGCUAUGUUAAGUUCAUCAUCAGGCCAGAAACUCAAAUUGAUCUAUUAUAAUCUCAUCUGUUGUUUUUACUGUUUAACACCGAGCAGCGUGUCGUGCUUUAUAUUACAAGAAACAGUGCACAGGAGAGACAGGUCCCCUAAAAUGGGGGUAUGGAUACUGUUAGGCCUCCAAUUGUGUAUCAGUACAUAGGAAGGGUAAAAGGUGAAAUGUGAUAAGAGGGGUAGAGUUGGAAAUAUGUGUAAGGGUAUAAAUAGUUUGUUGGGAGAAAUGUGGAGAGUUAGUUUGUACAGCAACCUUCUCGAGAGCGAGAGGUUGAGGAGGUGACAAUCACCUGUUAUCGUACUCUUAGUUUCAUGGAGAGAUUGUAUCGAGAGAGUGAGAUUGUACUAUUUAUUCCCAGAAAUGGAGGGGCACUGGCAUCCAAACCUCACAUAACUGGGCCAAACUCAUAUGGGUACUGUUUUGCAUAUGCCAUAUCCAUGACUUACGGUUAUCAUCAUCUCCUGCAGGAGUUAUUAGAUUAUCAUCAAUGGAAGAGGGUGAAGGCUGAUUUCAUUUAGUUACAUAUCCAUACGUCUGGUCUUGCUCGUUACUGUCAUUCCCAGUUUUACUACUCAUUAUAAUACCCAAACAUAGGUUGAACCCAAACCUUUAUGAAGCUCAUAUUUGUUUUGGCAGUUGAACAAUAAUCUCAGGCAGCAUAGGGAGGACUCACUGCUCCAAAAAGGUGUGUAUUUAUCAGUCUACCAUGGUUGUUACUCUAACUGAAAUGACAAUAAAGUUCUACUUUCUGUGGAUUCGAUACUGUACCUUUUUUUAUUUUGGGUGAAAAAAAAAACUGCAUGUUGAGUGUAUUGAUUGAACUGUACAAACAUUGGACUAAGAUACAAACGAUCUUAAAAGAAAAGCUAAAGGUUGUAUUUUUGAA